CCUGUCCUAUCGACAUGCGCAUGUGUGACGUGUCACUUCCUUUCGGCACGACAACAAACUUGAGAAGAUGGAAACACACGUUUCAUAUUUUAUUUUUGUCCUUAGCAUAUGUUUGACAAAUGCUCUUUACUUCCACAUCGGUGAAACAGAGAAAAAAUGCUUCAUCGAAGAAAUUCCAGAUGAAACUAUGGUUGUAGGUCAUUAUAAAGUGGAAGUUUUUGACAAGAAUACAAAUAACUAUGUCCCAUCUGUGCCUGGAUGGGGCAUGCAUGUAGAGAUACAAGAUCCAGAUGAUAAAGUUGUUUUAUCAAGGACCUAUGCAGCAGAGGGACGAUUUACAUUUACUUCUCAUACUGCUGGUGAACAUAUUAUCUGUUUACACUCUAACUCAUCAGCAUGGUUUGCUAGUGGUCAGUUGAGAGUACAUUUAGACAUCCAAGUUGGAGAGCAUGCAGUAGAUUAUGCCCAGAUACAAGCUAAAGACAAGCUGUCAGAAUUACAGUUACGUAUCAGACAAUUGUUAGACCAAGUAGAACAAAUUACCAAAGAACAGAAUUACCAGAGGUACCGUGAAGAGAGAUUUAGACAGACAAGUGAAAGUACUAACCAAAGAGUAUUAUGGUGGUCGAUAGCUCAGACUCUUAUUUUACUGGUUACAGGAUUUUGGCAGAUGAAACAUCUUAAGAGCUUUUUCGAAGCUAAAAAACUUGUAUAAUACAAAACAUUUUAGGGAGUUUAGAUGAUUAGUUUAACAAAUAUCAUAAAAAGCUGAGUUUUUGGGGGUGAUUAAAUUAUGGAUAUAUAUAUAGGAUAUCAAUAGCGUUUAAGGAUAAAAACUGGAAACAAUAAUACCAAAACUAUUAUUGCUCAUUUAAAGAAAUCCAUUGAUUUUUUAAAGAAAUUAUUACCAGAAAGCAUGAACAGGGAUUUUUUUUUUUGUCAAACAAAAUAAUCUAUUAUAAGCAUGAAAAGAACAGAUUAUAUUUUUUUUACGACUUAUAAGAAUAAAAAGAUCAGUUAAUUAAAUUAGUUACUUAACAAAUAAUUAAGGGUAUGUUUCAAGUAACUCAUCAUGAAAUACAUUAUCAUGUGUUCCUGACAUUAAUUUUUUUUAUGUUUUUGUGUGAAAGAAAUGUAUGGGUGUGUGUUGGAGAAUGGGAGCUUAAACUUUAUAUUUUAUAAGUAUAUUUUUGUGAAUGAAACUCUUGUUAGUUAUUCAGGAUUUGUGUGUUGAUGACUUGUAUGUUGUUGAAUAUACAUCCUUGUCAAGUUAAUAGUGAAUAAGGAAGAUAUACAUUUGUACAAAAGGAAACAAUUAAAUAGAAAAAUAGGUCAAAUGCUUAAAACAAUAUUUUAUCAUUCUACUUGUCAAUUUCGUCUUUAAAAAUUUAACAAAAAAAUUAAAACUUACAUUUCCAUUGUAAAUUUUAGGGAUGAUCUUAAAAUUAAAUUUAGUUUUGAUUAAUAUGAACCGUUUGCUAUUUUGGCUUAGUCUUAAGAAUACUUUUUCUCUAAAGUGUGCACAUUUUUUACAGGAAGUUUAAAUUUCAUUACCAUAUGAAAAAUAUACUUAUAUUACAAAUUUGCCACCAAAAUUUUACAGUUAUUCUUAGAUUUUGUAUAGCAAAUGAUCUAUAAAGCAUUGAAAUCUAUCAAAAUGAAUCAUUGGUGCUUUCAUUCUUUUAUCGUAUCAAAGAUUUUCCAUUGUAAAGAUUUAAUUGCAGAUUUCGCACAUCUGACUGAAUCUGUAAGUUCUAUUUUAGAAAAGAUGGAAAGGAAAAAGCUUUAGGAUGUACAUUUAUAUUUCAACUUUUAAGUUGGUUACAGUAAUUUCUGAUAACUUAACACAUUUAACUAUGGAAUAUCAAUUAGAUGUGUUGAAAUUUCUUUAAACCUUUACAUAUCUGUCACAAAAAGAAAACAGAAUAUCAUAUUGAUUCAUAUUUUUUAACCAUGUUGCAUUCAGGUAAAUCUCACACUUUACAUUUGUCCAUUGUCUCACAAGAUAAUAAUGAAAUAGAAGUAUUUUUGUUGAUUAGUCUAGUCCAAUUAUAUUUUAAAGUAAGAAAUUGAUUCAUUAUAAUUAUCACAAGAAAUUUGUUAGUUAUCCAUAUUUGAAUUUUGUGGUUUAAAAGACAUGUUUAUAUCAGAUGAGUUAACAAUAAAUAGUGCUUAAUGCCUACAGAUUUUUUAAUGUAAAUAGGGAUUGUAUUUAUUUGAUAAGUGUGUAUUAGUUAAUUAAGCGCUUUACUAUAAUAUCGCAGGUCUGAUGCACUAUUUUUUUCAUUCUUUUACUGAGUAUAUGGGAGGUAUUACUGUUUAAGUUUAUAGCACUUUAUAUAUGUUGUUGUAACUUAUGUUUGAGUACACAUUAUGUGGUUAAAUGUUAAAUUUAUAUGUUAAGAGUACAUAUAGUGUGAAUAAAUGUUAACUGUCAGACACGAUAAGAUUGAGCCAUAGAAUAUCGUGAAAUUUUGUAAUGCAACCAAUAUUAGCCAGUAAACUUUUUCAUGUUGAAAAAAUUCCAACAAGGCUGUUUUUCACAAAAUACAAAUUACCACAAUUUAAAGAAAUAUACAUUGUACUGAAGCAAUAACCAAAAACAAUUUAGUUGAAAAUUUGACAUAUUAUUGUAACAUUCUAUUUGUAUGAAUGAAGGUUUGUGGUUAUAUUGUUUAUUUUUUAAAUCUGUAAUAUGGAAUUAAGCUAUGUUAAGUAUUUUGAUUAUGUUCUGUCUUAUGUGUGCAAGUGUUUUUCUUCACCUUUUUUUGUUUCUGGAUACUUGCAUAAGAGUAUUUUAAAAAAUAAAUAACUUUAACUACAAAU